AUGUCUGCUCGUGCAGCUCGUGUCUGCAACUCGGCCACAGUCGAUGAGGUGAAGAAGAUGCUUCGGGCUAACUAUCAGGGUGUUGGUACCGCCUACCGAGAAACAGACCCUGUCAAGGUGUGCACAGCAUACGAAGCCUUCAUUCUCGAUUACUUGGCUGUGUCAGCGAGAGUUGUGAAGACGGUGAUUUCCAAAGCUGCGAUAGAGGCCUUUGAAGGUUUGGAUGGCCAUUCUGCUGAGAUGUUCGGUCGGCAGAUCGCACACGCUGUUCAGGUCUGCGGUCUUAAGGUCAAAAGCAUUUCGUCGGGGCUAAAGACUCCUCCUAGUGUUUUGAGAAUUGCCAGGGCUUUGCAAAAGGCAAAGGACAGGACGACCCCUGCGAAUCAGGCAGAUCAGCCUGCAGACAUCUAUGCCAGAUACGGCUUGCAGCCACCGGCGACAUCAAGCACCAGCUGGAGCCACAAGGCUUGCUCGACCGAGGUGCUGCAGAUUAACAGCAGUGAUGACGAUGAAGCUGCAGAAGCCUUGGAUCUCGAGGAGGAUUCAGAGAAUCCUCCUGCUGAAGCUUCGCAGUCGCAAGUCCACAGCAAGCCUGGGCCUUCGAAAGUCAGCAGUGCCAAGGCGGAAGAUGCACCCUUGAAGCAUCCCUUGCUGAGCUUUCCUGAUCUUCACGCUUGCAAAACACGAACAGUUUACUCUGAUGGCAGUGAAGUGCAAGCAUGCCUGGAUCCAGCUGCUGGCAUUCCGCAGGAGGUUCUCGAUCAUCAUAAGGAUCUCCUUGCCAAGGCAGCGGUUCCUGCAGCAGCUUUGGCUCCCAAGACCAAAGCCAAGCCGAAAUCGAAGGCGAAGGCGAAAGCCAAGGCGAAAGCCAAGGCGAAAGCCAAGGCGAAUGCCAAGGCGAAAGCCAAGGGGAAAGCCAAGGCGAAAGCCCAGGCGAAGGGUGCUGAUUGCGAAGGCAGUGCUACAAGCAAGGAUUUGGUCUCGGCCGGUGAAAUCCAGAACAAGAAGCCCAGUGCAGCCGACUCGAUGGUGAGCAAGGAUGGCUCAGAGGAUCCAUGUGUCGACCCUGGUGAUAUCGAUAUGGCCAAGAGGAAGCUCCACGCGGUUCGGCAGGCCACUGCCAGCAAGCCGCCCAGGACCUACAUCACGGCCUGUCGCUGCACCACGAACAAUCACAAGAGAGAGCUCCUGCUUGAAUUGAGCGAAAAGAAGUACCCGAAUCAUGUGGAGCUUGCACACAGUCUGAGGGCCAAGAUCCAGGAGCAGGACAUGACUUAUGAAGAAGCCCGGGCUCUUCGGUCCCAGCUGGACCAAGAGCUAGCAGCAGAAGUCCCAGCAUAG